AUGUCGGCCCCUCAGGAUACCCUCCCCCCCAACAACGGCAGCGAUAUCAUCGACCAGAUGGAUCAGCUUAGAAUGGACGAGCGCCUCGGCCCCGAUGGUGAACCCGCCCCUAAGACGGACGAGGAGUACGCUCAGGCCCAACUCACCCUUCGCGCCAUUGUCUCGUCCAAGGAAGCUGGUGUCAUUAUCGGCAAAGGUGGCAAGAAUGUCGCCGAUCUGAGAGACGAGACUGGUGUCAAGGCCGGUGUCAGCAAGGUCGUACAGGGCGUUCACGAUCGUGUCCUGACCAUCACUGGUGGAUGCGACGCCAUCUCUCGGGCCUAUGCCAUCGUCGCCCGGGCUCUUCUCGAGGGUGCCCCCGCCAUGGGUAUGGGAGGCAUUGUUCAGAGCAACGGCACUCAUCCCAUCAAGCUUCUCAUCUCCCACAACCAAAUGGGUACCAUCAUUGGAAGGCAAGGUCUCAAGAUCAAGCACAUCCAGGACGCUUCAGGUGUCCGCAUGGUCGCCCAGAAGGAGAUGCUUCCCCAGUCCACCGAGCGGAUAGUUGAGGUCCAAGGAACUCCCGAGGGCAUCCAGCGUGCCGUGUGGGAAAUCUGCAAGUGUCUGGUUGAUGACUGGCAGCGAGGCACCGGAACCGUCCUCUACAACCCUGUUGUUCGCACUCAGCCCUCCAGCAGCACAAGUGUUGGCAGUGGAGUGGGAUACAGCCAGGGCUCAGGCAGGAGCGAGUACGGUAGCCCUCGCGUCAUGCGAACAGGUAAUGGCGCCGACUUUAGCAACGGCAGCUCAAGGCCGUAUAAUCGCCGCUCUGAUUCUGACGCAGCCAUUCGAGGCCCGCCUACCCAUGACGAGAACGGCGAAGAGAUCCAGACGCAGAACAUCAGCAUCCCUGCGGACAUGGUUGGCUGCAUCAUUGGACGUGCCGGCAGCAAGAUCAGUGAGAUCCGCAAGACAUCGGGUGCUCGCAUCUCCAUCGCCAAGGCGCCUCAUGAUGAGACGGGCGAGCGCAUGUUCACCAUCAUGGGCACUGCCAAGGCCAACGAGUCGGCACUGUUCCUUCUGUACGAGAACCUCGAGGCAGAGAAGAUGCGCCGCAGCCAGCUCCAGGAGCCCGAGUAG